AUGCGACGUCAAAGGACUGACAAUCUUUUGCCCAUUAAUACUGAAAUUGAAAGGACUUGCAGACCGAAUAGAAAGCAAAAACAGGUAGCAGAGAUGGCCCAACAUCAAGGCAAUGUGUUGAAUGGGGACGCUGCUGAGCCAGCAGUUCACCCACUCAGAGAAUAUGUACUUCCCGCUGUUACUGGAGUACAAUCAUGCAUCCAACCGCUGGCAGUUGCAGCCAAUAAUUUUGAAAUUAAGACGACAAUUUUGCAAAUGGUCCAGUCUACUGUCCAGUUUGGUGGACUCCCUACUGAGGAUCCCAAUACACACAUAGCCAAUUUCCUGGAGCUGUGUGGAACUUUUAAAUACAAUGGGGUCACUAAUGAUGCUAUUAGACUGAGAUUGUUCCCGUUCUCACUGCGGGAUAGAGCUAAAAGUUGGUUGAACUCUCUUCAAGCCAAUUCAAUCACUACAUGGGAGGCAUUAGCUCUGAAAUUUCUUGCUAAAUUUUUCCCUCCAUCCAAGGCUGCAAAGUUAAGAGGGGAAAUUAAUAACUUCCCUCAAUUUGAUGGAGAGUCUCUUUAUGAUGCAUGGGAGAGGUUUAAGGAACUUUUGAGGAAAUGUCCUCAUCAUGGGAUUGAAAAAUGGAUGCUUGUCCAUAAUUUUUACAACGGUUUGUGUGGGACGACUUGCACCAUUAUUGACGCUGCAGCAGGUGGUGCUUUCAUGAGCAAGAGUGCUAAUGAGGCCUAUGAAUUGCUUGAGGAAAUGGCCAUGAAUAACUAUCAGUGGCCUAGUGAACGAGAUAGAAAUAAGAAGGUAGCUAGUAUGCACAAGCUGGAUGCUAUUACCGCUCUCACAACUCAAGUUGCAUCAUUGACCAAGCAACUGCAACAAAAUUCUAUGGCCACUCAGGUCAUGCAAAUCCAAGCGGUAUGUCGUAAUUGUGGUGGUCCUCACCCAUUUGAGCAGUGCAUGGUAGUUGAGAUGAACAACUCCAUUCCCAUGGAACAGGUGAAUAUGAUGGGAAAUUUCAAUAGGCAAGCGAAUAGUCCAUUCUCCAACCCGUUCAAUCAAGGGUGGAGAAAUCAGCCUAAUUUUGCAUGGAGAAAUAAUCAGGGUUUUCAACAAAUUCAGCAGCCUAUGCUUCAAGCUCCACCUUAG